CCGGAGCAGUCGGCUGUCGGCGGCCAGCGCCUAGGAGCCUUCCCGGCCGCCCGGGGCGCGGAGCCCGGCGCGGUGCAGCGGCCCAUGUCCGGCGCGGGCGCGGCGCUCGCUCCCGGGCCCCAGCGCGGGGCCGAGGCGGGCGGCGGCCGGCCGGGCGCCCCAGCCCAGGAAAAAUGUGAUAAAGAAAACGCUGAGAGAACUAUAACUCAAGCUACCGAUAGCUGCUUCUCACGUGGAGAGAUGCAAGACCAGCCCGUUUGGGGAAAUUGUUCAGAUGACGAACUCAUACAAACCCAACCCCAGCGCUUGCCUCAGCUUCCGACAUGCUCACAGGAACCAAGCGAGGAGGAAACCAGCAAGAUAAAGAACGGCCACACAAGUCUGAGCAAUGGGAAUGGAAUUCACCAGGGGGCCAAACACGUAUCUGCAGAUAAUCGAAGACUUUCAGCACCUGUUUCUCACAAAAUGCAUAGAAAAAUUCAGUCCAGCUUGUCUGUAAACAGCGAUAUCAGUAAGAAGAGUAAAGUAAAUGCUGUCUUUUCCCAAAAGACAGGCUCUUCACCUGAAGAUUGCUGUGUCCACUGUAUCCUGGCCUGCUUGUUCUGUGAAUUCCUCACCCUCUGCAAUAUUGUCCUGGGCCAAGCUUCCUGUGGCAUCUGCACCUCAGAAGCCUGCUGCUGUUGCUGUGGAGACGAAAUGGGGGAUGACUGUAACUGCCCAUGUGACAUGGAUUGUGGCAUCAUGGAUGCUUGUUGUGAAUCAUCGGACUGUUUGGAAAUCUGUAUGGAAUGCUGUGGAAUCUGUUUUCCUUCAUAGGUAUUUAUCUUAUGUUUGUGUUAAAACUGGAGCGUUUUAAGAAUUUUUCUUUCAAAGGCGCAGAAAAACGCAUGGUAAGAUACUCAUGAAGCAACCCAGUAUUUGCACUGUUAACUCAUUAUUUUAAGUAAUCUCCGAAAGCCUUUUCUCUCUAACCAAAACUACAUGGUUUAAUAUGUGAAAAUUUUAACUACUUUUAAACUUAAUAGGUUACAAUGACUGAGGGACAUUUUGACCAAAAAAAUAUAUGUAUAUGCUAAAUGUCUCCUCCUUGUUAUGCAUAUUUGUCUCUUUUAACCAUUCUUAGGAGCCCCUUGCUCCAAAUGUAUUAUUUCUCUGUGGGUAUUUAAACCAGACAAUUUAUCUUUGAUGUUUAUCUCUUCAUGGUUCAAAGGAAGCAUCCCUUCCUUUAAAGUGAACUUUGGGAAACAACUCUGCACCAUAGUUGGGGACCCAGUUUCAUCUCCAUCCUGGGUUCUUUCUCCCCUUGUUCAACAGACAUUGAGCACCUACCGUGUGUUAAUGGCCUGCCAUUGAGCUCCUGUCCAGAGGGGUAUACAGUUUAGCAGAGGAAAGAGACCUGUCACGGACAAACCACUCGUCAAGGCACACUGAAGUGAGCAUUAUGUGAGAAGGCCCAGGCUCUAGGAACACACAGAAAAUAAUAACUCUUGUCAACUGGAAUAUGCACAAGGCUUCAUGGAGAAGGUGGCAUUUGAGACCUUUUGGAUGAAUUAGAUUUAGGACCAAGUUUUAGGUGGGGAACCCUUAAGCAGUUAAAAGAAAAAUGCCUUAAGUAUGUAUUUUUUUUUAAUUGCAGGAAUAUAGUUUUUUAAAGACUAUAAAAUUUAAAUUAAUAUGCAGCUUUUUACACAUCAUUUAAUGUUAUGAUAAAGUUUUUGAUAAGAACCUAAUGCUUUAUUAAAAUAGCCCUAUUUUAUAAAGAAUUUGGAAUACUUUUGAUAAAUGCAUUUAAAUUAGAUGAUUUUUUUAAAUAUUAAAAUCCCAAUAUUUUGAUUUAUUCAAAAGCAUUUUGGUUCUGUUUUUUUUUUGUUUGUUGUUGUUGUUGUUGUUGUUUUUGAGAGGUCUAAGUCUUUUUGGAGAGGGAGGUGGCUUGUUUUGUAGCCAAUGUUUUAUAAGCACCACCCGUCUUAAAUGUAAACCAUUCUUUCAAAUGCAGUGGGAAACUUGACAUCCACCACUGUGACCAGAUUUCACUAUUGCGACUUUAUAUUAAACGCAACCAACAUGGCAGGUUAUAAAGAUGCUGCAGGCGUAAAGAAAAUAAGUCGAGUAGAGAUGAAGUAUAUAGUUAGCAAGGCAUAGCACAAAGGAAAGCUGGAGUCUGUUUCCAUACCAUGUGCUUGCCUAAGUCUGGUCUUCCCAAAAUUGUAAUUUGGUUUGAUUUAAUGUAAUUCCUUGUAGAAAUUCUGGAAGUAUACUUUUGGAUUAAUAGUUACUUCAGGUCUUCAGCUGAAAUUCAAAUUGAUAGUGAAAACACUUGCAUCUUUUUAGGAAGCCCUCAGCAAACCUAGCCUUUUAAGGUUUUUAACCCAAAGCAUUGGAAUGUCACUUAUGGUUUCUCCUUUGAGAUAAAACCUAGCUUCUAAUCCUGUUACUUAAAGGACUUCAAGAAAAAAAAAAAAAAGGCAAACUCCUGCAUCCCCUUUUCAGCGCUGUGUGUGUGUGUGUGUAUACAAGCACCCUUUAAAUUGUCAGGUUUAAAUAGAAUUAAUAGGAAACCGCUUUGUCUCUCUCUUGUCUAAAGAAUGCCUUUUGUUACAUUAGUUAUAAGAACAUCUUUGUACUAUUUCAUAGUAAUCAGAAUCUGAAUAUUUACGUAUACCCAAAGUUAACUUAUACGUAUCUGUUAGGAUAUAAGAGUAUCAUCUGUGUAUUGACAUAUAAAGCCUUCUGAUGACCUGGAAUUGUUAAAAUGUCACUUUUUUAUCUCGCGAGAUUUUUCAGCAAAGUGAUUUGUCUGCCACUAUUUGCAGUGAAAAUAUUAGCACUUUUAAAGUAAUGUUUCUUCGUAACAGAGAAUAUUGGUGGAUAGAAUUUCUUUUCAUAUUUAUAUUCACAGUACUUUUUCUCUGUCGUCUACUCUAGUCAUUCCAUAAAGUAUCUUGUAUGAUUUUUAAAAAAGAAAAGAACCAAAGUAGGAAAAUGUGAAAAUAGUUUCAGUGUAUGUUAGAAUUUCUGUAUGUAAAAUGUUUUGUUGAAUUACAUGGCCAUCAUGACUAAGUGCUCUAGUUUACAGUUACAGAUUUGGUCUCUUUUUAAAUGUGGAAACCUAACCUUUAAUAUUUUUAAACUGGACCUGUAUUAUCCUGAAUACAUUAUUUUGAAAUAAAAAAAAAUUCUCUAUUGUGCUUUA